GCGUUUGUACGCGUGACCUUCACAUCAAGAGCACAGACUAAAUCCUCUAUGAUGGAAACUCUAACUAACGAUUACUAUGCCUUUUCCAACCCACUUACCAUUCCAGGCUGUAAACAACCGGCUAGCUUUUACUUUAGGUUCCACAUAGAGAAACCAAUCGUUCGCUCACACAGUCCACAGAGAAUCAGAAGAUGGCUACCCGCCACAUUCAGAAAAGUACAACCGCCAAAUCCAGAUGAAAUAACUUUUAACGAUGCAAUUGAAGAACUUCAGAAGCAAAGACUGUGGACAACAUCUGCACAACAAGCUGUCAGGGAUGCAACUUGUAUAAUCACUAGGGAACAUACACUUGCCAAUGAAACUCUAACUGAAGAACACAAGCCGCUAGAAAUUGCUACAAUAGUCUGUCAACAUGAGACAGAUGAUAGCAACAGUGAGACUGAAAAUGACCCAGAGGAGAAUAAAGAGGACGAAGAAAAACAAGAAGAACUAACGUCAUCAAAUAAUGUACAAGAUACAGUUAGGGAAGAACAGCCGGCAGUGAGUGCUGCUCAUGCAAUUAUCAAGGAGGCUGUAAAACCAACUAAGAAAGAAUUAUACACAAGGCAUAUUCCAGGCUAUGCUGGUCACAUACCAAGAUACCCUCAGCCUGACAGGAGGCCAAUAACAGACAUAGAUUUCAUGGCACAGUCGAUCUGUAGCAUUUCCCGAUACACUUAUAGGAAAUAUCCACCUCUGGAAUACUGUAACUUUAAACUUCACAGUAGCAAGGCAGGACCACUUACUCAAUCAGUCACUCUAACUUAUCCACACAAUCCAUUCAAAAAAAUACAAAAAUCACUAAGAUGAACAAUUUAAGAAGACAAAGGGAAUAAUUAUUAUUUUUUAGUUUACAUUAUAUGUCAGUACAGUUAGUUCUAUGAACAUACAUGUAGUUAUCUAUUUAUGGUUAUUAUGGUUAUAAAAUUCUUCAUCUGACCACACUCUAUACCAAA